AUGUCCACCACCUCAACCCCCCCUCCCACCCUCCCAGACUACGUCCUAAACCCAGACGCAGUCCUCUCCGACCCCUCCACAACCUGGCGCCACGGCCAACCCCCCGACUACACCAAAACCCGGCAAUUCUACCUCCAAACAAAAAAAUCAACCCACCCAGCCACCUCCCUCCCCGCCCUAGUCGAAAACCUCGUCAAAAACUGGGAAAUCGAAGCCAGCUACAAACCCCUCCUCCCCGAAUGGCGCACCAUCGCCUCCCCGCAGUCCUACACCUUCCGCGUCAACGGCUCACCUCCACAAACCGCAGCCCAAAUGCUCUCGGUCGGGACCUACAACGCCCUCAUCGAGCCCAACGAGUUCUACUGCCCUGCUCACUCCUCUUUUGACGCCAGCCACAAGACAUUCAAGAGGGUGAUGCCGUCUUUUGCGUGGGAGGUGCUGGAGGUGUAUGCCGGUCCGCCGAGGGUGGUGUUUCGCUGGAGGCACUGGGGUGUCAUGAAGGGUGAUUAUGUGGGGACGAACGACAAGGGGGAGAAGGUUACCAUCAAGGCUCACGGGGGGGAUAUCGACAUUGAGGGUGUGGCGGUGGCGGAUGUGAAUGACAAGCUGCAGUUGGGGAGCGUCGAGGUGUUUUUUGAUCCGAUGGCCAUGUUUAGGCAGAUGGCGCGUGAUGGGGAGACGGGGGUGACCAAGGAGGCUGGAACGACAGAGUAG